AAAUUUAUUACUUAUUUAAUAUUUAAGGAAAAAUGGCUAAGUUGGAAUUAUUACAAAUGCUAAGUGGACAUAAAGGCAUUGUCUGGAAUGUAUCUUGGCAUCCCCUGGGUAAUGCAUUUGCAUCUUGUGGAGAAGACAAAAUUAUCAAACUGUGGAAUCGUGUUGGCGAAGAAUGGGCUGCUAAAACAGUACUUGUAGAUGGUCACCAGCGCACCAUUAGAGAGGUUUCAUGGUCACCUUGUGGAAAUUUCUUGGCUUCUGCUAGCUUUGAUGGUACCACUGCAAUCUGGGAUAAGAAAAGUGGUCAGUUUGAAUGUAAUGCUACCCUGGAAGGACACGAAAAUGAGGUAAAAAGUGUCUCAUGGUCUCCUUCCGGAAAUCUACUAGCAACCUGCGGCAGAGACAAGUCAGUGUGGGUCUGGGAGGUGGCCGGAGAUGACGAAUAUGUCUGUGAAGCUGUGCUCAAUGCCCACAACCAAGAUGUCAAAAAAGUGAUAUGGCAUCCCACGUUAGACAUAGUAGCAUCAGCGUCAUAUGAUAAUACUGUCAAAUUGUAUAAGGAGGAUCAGGUGGACAGUGAUUGGACUUGUAUUUCUACACUACAGUCCCAUGAAUCUACAGUUUGGAGUUUAGCUUUUGAUAAAACUGGACAGAGGCUCGCUACCUGCAGUGAUGACAAAACAGUGAAAAUAUGGAAGGAGUACACUCCUGAUAAUUCUGAAGGAGUGAUUGUGCCUGAUCAGGAAUCGACCUGGAAAUGUGUUUGUACAUUGUCAGGCUAUCAUACACGCUGCGUAUACGACAUCGCUUGGUGUCAUGAAUCCGGUAUGAUAGCUACAGCCUGCGGAGAUGACAUAAUUAGAAUAUUCAAAGAAACAGAAGACUCAGAUCCAAAUGCACCUACAUUUGACUUAGUCUGUACGAAGCUAAAUGCCCACUCUCAAGAUGUCAAUUGUGUCAAGUGGAACCCUUCUGGCACCAAAGAACUGUUGUCCUGCAGUGAUGAUGGAGAAAUAAAAAUAUGGAAAUUUUUUGACUGUUGAAAUUAUAUUAGGACAGUGGGAGGAUUAGACAGAUAGGACUAGGGCAAGAACAACAUCUAUAACAAAUAACAUGCGCUUAAGAAUUUAUAUACUGUAGUAAUAAAACUAUAAUUAAAUUACACAUUUUAGGUGUAUACUGUAAAACAGCAAUGUUUCAUAUUAUAAUUGAAUGUGAUCACUUUUAAGACUUUGAUAAAUUGGGAUACUUAUGGAAGGAUGUUAUUUAUUUUAUGUAACAAAAACUGAAAAUAAAGAAU